AUGCUAAAAAAAUAUAAAACUUUCUCCUUUUGCACAACUCUCUAUUAAAAAUUAGGUGUAUAACCUAAUGAUUCUAUUGAUGCAAUUAAGUCUGCCUACAUUAAAUUGGCUAAACUAUAUCAUCCUGAUGUUAAUCUGGCUUAGAAAGAUUAAGAAUUUAAGGAAAUUACAAAUGCAUACAAUAUUUUAAAGGACCCAAUUAAAAGGAAACUCUAUGAUUAAUCAAUAGAUGUAUAAUAAGAUUCUAGUAACUAAUCUAAUCAAGAAUCCAAUCAAGAAAAGCAAUACUACAAUAAUCCUGGAUGGUAAUACAAUGGAGAGUAAUAAAAAUAAUGGCAUGAAUAUAAUAAACAGAAAAAUACUUAUCAAUAAAGAACUUAUUAAUAUACUCAGUCUAAAAGUAAUUCUAAUCAAUUAUAUGGAUAUUUGGCCAUAGGUGGAAUAUCUAUAGUAUUUUGGUCAAUCUUAUCAGAUGAUGAUUAUUCUGAAAAACCAAAAAUAACUAAAGUAGCUGGUCCUUCAAUUAAAAUUAGUGAUAACCCGACUUCUUAUGCAGAACUUAAAUAAAUAUAUGAUUCAAUUGAAUAAAAUGAUAGUAAAAAGAUGCAAAGGUAUUAUACUCAUCAAGCUGAGGAAGACUAGACUGAACUAAGAAGAUAGAAUGUAAUUUAUUAAGGUUAGAAUUUGAAUGAUUCACCAUUUAUUAUAGAAUAGAGAAGAAAGAUGAUGAAUGAGGAGAUGAAAUAAAAAUAAUUUAAAAUUUAAGUUGAACAAUAUGAAAAGGUUAUUAAGGGAGAUUCAAAGAUUCUCAAAAGAAAAGAUUCAAAUUAAAAAAAACCAGAAUUAAAAACUAAAUAAGGAGAUAUGACUUUACAAGGAUUUGCAAAACAAAAAAAAAUGGACAUCAAUAAAUCAAUUCCAAUAUAGCAAAAUUAAACUAUCAAUAUAAGUAUAGAACAUUUAGAAUAAGGUUAUAUGUGA